AUGGCUACAGAUAACUCCAAAAAACCAGAUAUCCAGAAGAAUUCUGGUCUCAAAAAAUGUUUCUCAGCAUUAGUUGACCGCAAACAAGUGAAUUUGGACAUAGAUGUAUUGAGGCUGAUGCUCAAACAUGAAUUACUAGUAAAUGUUGAAGCACUGGAUGAUAACUUAUCAUCCAUAAUGCCCUUCAUGCUGGUAUUGUAUAUCCGAAAUUGGCCUGGAUGGCAGAGAAGCAAAGAAUACUAUAGUGGAAAACUGAACUUUCGAGAAUGGUUUGAAAAGUUUAGACAGUUUAUUGUUGUGAGGCUAAAUUUCCUAAUAAAAAAUGGAUAUAAUGAAGCAAUAGAAAUGAUCAAGGAGGAUAGAAAGCAAGGGAAACCAAAUAGUAGCUUCAGAGAACUUGGGGCACAAACAGACUAUUUGGCUCCAAAAGGACUAGCCCCUUUCUCAAUAUCCAUACAAUGCCCUCCUAGAGUUCUCAGUUCUUUGGUAUUCUCUGAUUCAAAUGAUGAUAUAAUUUUACGCCAACAUCCUGAUGUAGCUUGGACUAAGAUAGGACUUAAAGAAUUGGUGAACUGGCCUUACAUUGGGGUAGAAUUCAUCAGUCCUGAGCUGUCUUUCAGAAGAUUCAAUCGCAGUGAAUAUAUUAGAUAUUUGAACAUGAUAACAUGUCCAAUUGUACCAGAAAAAACAGACUUCAUUGAACAUGUUGAAAUUAUUGAUCCAAGUAAUGGAAGACACUGUUACACACUAAACUUGCUGAAGAGUUAUACUGAUCAAUAUAUGAAAAUUAUGAAAUCUACAGUAUUUUCUGGACCUCCUGCUGAUAUUGAAGUUAUGGAAGUAAUUAUUGAUGAAUUCCUGAGUGACAUUGAAGAAUUAGAUAUGAAUAAAACAAUGGCAUCAAAUACAUCAGUUUUAUUCAAUAUUGGAAGGUCAAGUUUUCUAAGAAAUAAAAAAAUAGCAAAAGGGACAUAUUUUGUUACUGGUUCAAAAGCAGAAGUUGGCUACUGUGAAAAUUUCAUUCCCAAAAUGGAAACUCAGCUGAACUACUUCAAAGGAGUCCAGGACACCAGCACAAAUGAUAUCACUUUCUCAUACUUGAACAUUUUGAGCAAAACCUUGAAAAAUCCUGAAGGUUCUUCAGGUACCACCUGGACGGUUCCUCUUAUCAUAUUUUACUGCACUUUCUGUAAUCUGAAAUACACUAAAGCCAAGGACAUUCUGCAACAUUUAGAAAUGGAUCACAAAAUGGAGCCAAACAUCAUGUGUGUCAAGUGUAUGAAGCAUUAUACUAUAACUAGCCUUACACAGAUUAGGUGGAAACAUGUUUGUUACAGUGGUGCUGGACAAUUCAUCAGGCCACCUCCAGCAUAUAAAAGGUAG